CCACACGUGCAGACCUCCCUGACGAAUAGACGUCGCACCGGCAUCUGCAAGGUAACAUUGUAUUUGACCGACAGAUAAACCACAAAGCUGGUACGGGCACCAUCGUGCAGUAAAAUAGAUUGCAUGGUUUCGAUGUCAUCAAAUUAUGCCAGUGUAUUCCUGUACACGUGCGGUGUGUACUCCUUUUCCCAACCAGAUCCAAAUGUUUUCCCGUACAGGUGUCAAAUAUGCAAUAUCUUGUCGACCACUCAUAGUCGUUGACUUUGACGAAACCAUAACCAUCAAAGAUACUAUUUCCAUACUCGCUCAUUUCUCAUACGCCCGAAAUCUACCAACCGACAUCCCGCCAUGGUCCCAUUUCACCACCGCCUACAUGAAAGAUUACGGUCGGCUCAAGUCAGCUAACGCCGCCCGCCAGAUAACCUCGCUUGAAGACAAAACCGAACAGCUGGCUUCCUUAAAGCCUGUGGAACUGGCGUCUUUGGACCGAGUUUCAAAAGCUGGCGUAUUUGCGCGCUUGACAAAAGAGGAGAUACAGGCUGGUGCAAAGGAACUGGUACAAGUGCGUGAUCAUGCUCAGCAAGUAUUACUCUCCAAUAUUGAGAACGUGUUUAUUCUCUCUGUCAAUUGGUCGAAAGACUGGAUACUCGGUGCACUCAAGCCUUUGCCUUUACUCCCUUCCGCCAUCCUAUCCAACGACUUGGUAUUCAAUGAAGGCAUAUCCACCGGUCAAAUCAUACCGUCCAUUGUCACGGCCGAUGAUAAACUCAAAAUAUUUCGCCAAAUUCAGAACGCAAAUACCUGGCCAUAUUCGAUAUACAUUGGCGAUUCCGAGACCGAUUUACCAUGUUUAGUGAAUGCCGACAUUGGUAUUGUGUUUGGGACCAAUACUUCGUUGAUCAACACAUGCAAGCAGAUAGGUAUAGAAUUGAAGGACGCAAAGCAAGUUCAAUCCAUAGAAAACAAGCAAGAUAGACACACUUUAUACCAUACAGUUGACUGGGCUGACAUUGCCGAUUUAUUAAAAGACUCGAAUAUGUCUUAAUCCGAUCGAAAGGAUCGCAUCUACCCAAAAAAAAGGAGUG